UUUAAGUACUACCAAAAUCGUCAAGAUGCUGUUAAAAUAUACUCUAGUACUAGCAGUACUAAUUCACGUUACGAAAGCAGUCGUACCAUGUCAAACACCAAAUGGAGAACACGGCCAAUGCAUACCCAUCAACGAAUGCCCAUGGCUUUACCCCCACUACGAAAAUGGUUCCACGAAUGGACGCAUCACGGAAUGGAUACGACGCUCCCAUUGUGGUUUCACACCAACCUUACCCAAAGUCUGCUGUCCUCUUAGUUCUUCGGACGAAGUUCCGGAAGACACUUUUACGUUUGUUUCGAGUGAUUUGUUGCCAGAUAAAGAUUCGUGUGGGAUUAGUGUCGAUAGAAAAAUUUUGGGUGGAAAUAGAACAGAUAUAGAUGGGUUUCCUUGGUUGGUUUUGUUGGAGUAUAGAGACGAUGUAGGUGGUGUGGUACGUCUUAAUGGCACGGGAGUUCUGAUUAAUGAUAGAUACGUUCUAACGGCUGCGCAUUGUCUUAAACCAGAUUUAAAAAGUGUCCGUCUGGGCGAAUACAAUAUAACGAGUGAUGUUGACUGUAUUGACACGGAUUGUGCCCUACCGCAUCGUAGUGUCAAAAUAGAGGAAAAAAUCCCUUUCGAAAGUUACAAUAGUUCAGAUGUUAGUGUUUACCACGACAUAGCACUCCUAAGAUUAACGGACAAAGUUAAGUACUCGGAUUUUAUUAAACCCAUUUGUCUACCAGCUACCACAGACGAAAUUUACAGUUCUCACUUCGGUGAAAAUCUUAUGGUAGCUGGUUGGGGCCAAAACAGUUCAAUAAAACUGAAAGCACAGAUUCUUGGAAAAUCUAUUUACGAAUGUAGUCUCAAAUACAAAAAUAUAAAAUUAGAUGAUGGUCAGUUAUGUGCUGGUGAUAAUAAAAGUACUUGCGUAGGUGAAGGUGGAGGACCGCUCAUGGUCUACAAGAGGAACGAAUUUGACGAUGUUCAGUGGUACUCUAUUGGUGUAGUUUCUUUUGAGAGAUCGUGUGGGGUAAACCCUGGUGUUUACACCAAAGUGGCUAAGUACAUGGGUUGGAUAGUAGAAAAUUUGAAACCUUAAAAAUGCAAACUGUAACGAUAAUCUUUCUCCAAAUUUAUAAAUUUUACAUGUUAAUAUUAGAUGGUUAGAGUGA